AUGAAUGGUGUCAUGAAUGGCUACGACGGCUCAGUCAUGAGUGCCAUCAACGCCAUGGUUCCAUUCCAAGACCGGUUUAAGAUCGGGAAAACAGGCGAGUUGAACGGCGCAGUAUUCUCUAUCUAUACCGUGGGCAACAUCUUCGGAAGUUUUAUCUGUGGCUAUGUCAUGGAUAGAUGGGGUCGUCGGGCUAGCAUGUUUGGUGGUGCUUCGUGCAUCAUCACAGGCUCCAUUCUCCAGGCUUCAAGCUUCCAUUUGCCACAAUUCAUUCUCGGUCGAUUCAUCGUCGGUCUAGGCACUCCCAUGUGCUCGACAGCCGCCCCAACAUUCUUGGUGGAGAUGGCGUUCCCUACGUGGAGAGGUCUUGCUGGAGGUCUCUACAACGUAUUGGGUUGGUACAUUGGCGCAAAUAUCGCUGCAUGGGGCUGCUAUGGGACAAACACGCUGACGAAUGACUGGGCCUGGCGUACCCCCUAUAUCGUGCAGGCCUGUCCUGCCACCAUCGUCGUCUCAGUAGUAUGGUUUCUACCAGAAAGUCCACGCUGGUUGUGGUCUCAAAACAAGAAAGAGAAGUCGAUCGCCAUCUUGACCAAGUAUCAUGGGAACAAAAAUCCCGACUCUGCACUCGUGGCCCUGGAGAUUCAAGAAAUAAAGGAGUCACUGGAUGUCGAAGCAGAGCUCAAGAACCGGAAUUGGAACUACAAGGUUCUCGUCAACACUCGUCCAGCGAGAUAUCGUAUGUGGCUCGUCAUGUUGGUUUCAGUCUUCGCCCAGUUUAUUGGAGGAGCCGUUAUCUCGUACUACCUCCCUGUUAUGGUGGACGGAAUAGGAAUCCACGAUUCCUCUCGGCAAUUACUCCUCAACGGACUCAAUACUGUCAUCUCCUUCGUCAGCGGAAUCUUCGGAUCCUUCUUCGUGGACAAGGUUGGCCGACGACCUCUUUUCCUGUGGGGAACAUUCCUCACCGGUCUAGUGUACAUCCCAAUCACCGUGCUGGCUGCUCGCGCCGACCAGAGUGGAGAUAUCCCCACGGGCCAGGGCUAUGCCUUCAUCGCAAUGAUUUUCUCAUACGGUAUAUUCUGGUCCUUCUGCUGGACCCCCCUGCAGGCACUCUAUCCCGCAGAAAUCCUCAACAACGAAAUUCGAGCCAAAGGUAUGGCUGCCAAGGGACUCAUUUCGGGAAUCGCAAGUUUCAUCAAUACUUUUGGAACCUCGGUGUCGCUCAAGCGUAUUGGCUGGAAGACAUACAUCAUCUUCUUGGUUUUGCACUUCGUUCACUUGGGAUUGAUGUAUCUGGCUGUUGUUGAGAGCAAACAACGAACUUUGGAAGAACUGGAGGAAAUCUUCAAGGACCCGAAGCCGGUGAAACGCAGCUUGCAGAAGACGGCGAUCGUUGUUGGACGUGGCGUUGGAGUCAAGGUGGAGGAAGACGCCUGA